AUGGCUUUUGUGGGCGAGCGGGAGGUCCCCGGGGAGGGGACGGGACGGGACGAGCCCGGGCGGGGUGCGGCGGGCGCCGGGACGGGGCGGGAGGACGCGCAGCCCAACGCAGCCGCGGUGACGGUGGAGAGCUGGAACAAGCAGGACCAGAAGCUGCUGGAGGCCGUGGAGCGGGGGGACGUGGGCAGAGUGGCCGCGCUGGCUGCUCGCAGGACGGCCCGGCCAGCCAAGGCCAACGCCGUGGGGCAGUCUGCCUUCCACCUGGCUGCAUCCAAGGGUCUGACCGAGUGCCUGACGCUGCUCCUGGCCCACGGGGCCCCUGUGGAUGAGAAGAACGAUGAUGGCAGCACCGCUCUGCAUCUGGCCACCAUCGCCUGCCAGCCCCAGUGUGUGAAGGUCCUGCUGCAGUACGGCGCCAACGAGAGUCACGUGGACAGGCAGAACCGAACCCCCCUGCACUGGGCUGCCUCCUCAGGCUGCGCCUCCAGCGUUCUGCUGCUCUGCGACCACGGGGCCCUCCUGGAUGUCACCGACGCCCACGGACAGACCCCCCUGAUGCUGGCGGCGAGGGGCAACCACGCUGCCAUCUGCGCCCAGCUGCUGCGGAGAGGAGCCGACGCCAACGUGGCCACCGAGGACGAGAAGACUGCGUUGACCUUGGCCCGUGAGUGCCACAGCCUGGAGUCGGCCGAGCUGCUGCUGAGCCACACGGCAGCCGCGGGCACUGAGAACGGCAUCGGCUGUGCCAAAGGCCCCACGGCGCAGGCAGAGGACGGCAAGGAGGAGGAGGAGGAGGAGGAGGAGGAGGAGCAGCAGCAGGAGGAGUGUGAAGGGCAGCAGAUGAGGAGGCUGAAGGAGCAGCUGCUGAGGAAGACUCAGGAAUGCCAACGCCAGGCGGCGGCUGCCCACGGCACCCGGCAGCGGCUGCGCCAGCUGGUGAAGCUGCUGCCCGGCGCCGGGCUGCGGGCUGAGGAUGAGGAGGAGGAGGACGAAGGUUCCUGCCUGGCCCUCCUGGCACAGCACCUGGGUGAGCUGAGGAUGAGGACGGCGGAGGAGGAGGAAGGGGACGGAGGGCGCCAAGGCCUGGAGGAGCCCGAGGAGGCGCCGGCGCUGGGCCCGUUCCUGGCCUGGCUGGGGGAGGAAUGCGCCCGGCUGCGGGAGGCCAAGGCCGCGGCCUUCGCCCGCAGCAAAGGGCUGAGGAAGGAGGUGGAGGAAGCCCUGAGGAGCAAAUUGCACUACGAGGUGGUGUCGGCGGCCGCCGUCCGGCGCAGUUUGGCCGCCUGGGAGAAGCUGGUGCUGGGCUUGGAGCAGACGCUGAGCCGCGCCGACCGCGCCCACGCCGAGGCGCUCCGGGGGUCGCGGCUGCUCCUGGCCAAGCUGCGGCGGGAGCCAGCGCGGCCACGGCCCGGGAACGGCCCCGGGAACGGCCCCGAGCCCCGCGGGACGCCGCACGGGGAGCUGCUGGGGCUGAAGGAGAGCAACCGGGAGCUGAGGGAGAGCAACAGGGAGCUGCUGGGGCUGAGGGAGACCAAUGGGGAGCUGAAGGAGCUGAAGGAGAGCAACAGGGAGCUAAAGGAGACCAACAGGGAGCUGCUGGAGCUGAGGGAGAGCAACGGGGAGCUGCUGGAGGUGAAGGAGAGCAACAGGGAGCUGAAGGAGAGCAACAGGGAGCUGCUGGAGACCAACUGGGAGCUGCUGGGGCUGAAGGAAACCAAUGGGGAGCUGAAGGAGAGCAACAGGGAGCUGCUGGGGCCGAAGGAGAGCAACAGGGAGCUGAAGGAGCUGAAGGAGAGCAACAGGGAGCUGAGGGACAGCAACGGGGAGCUGAAGGAGAGCAACAGGGAGCUGCUGGGGCUGAAGGAGAGCAAUGGGGAGCUGAAGGAGCUGAAGGAGAGCAACAGAGAGCUGAAGGAGCUGAAGGAGAGCAACAGGGAGCUGCUGGAGGUGAAGGAGAGCAACAGGGAGCUGCUGGAGCUGAGGGAGAGCAACGGGGAGCUGCUGCGUGAGCUGGGGCGGCUGCGCCGGCAGCGGGAGCGGCUGCGGGACGAGCUGCGGGGGCUGCGCGACUCCGGCGCCGACGGAGCGGCCGCUUUGUCCCGAGAGCUGGAGGCUCGGAGGCAGGAGGCGGCGAGGCUGCGGCGGAGGCUGCGGGGGCAGCGGCGGGAGCUGGAGGAGCUGCGGGACGGGCUGCGGGACGCGGCCGCCGAGGCCGGCGCCGGGAUCCUCGCGGAGCUGCAGCGAAAGCUGGACGGGCUGGUGCGGGCCCAGCGCGAGGCCCUGCGGCUGCUGGAGGCCAUGGACGGGGCCGGGCCGGAGGCAGAGCCGGGGCAGCCGGCGGAGGGGCCGCAGAGCGGGGCUGGGCCGCGGGACGAGGCCGAGCGCUGGCGGGCGGCGGCGGCCCAGGAGACGCGCGCCAAGGAGGCGGCGCUGGAGCUGGCGGGACGGCGGGAGCGGGAGGCGCAGGAGCUGCGGGACAGGGCCCAGGCGCUGGAGCAGAGCGUGGGCAACCUGCGGGCCAGGGCGGGCCAGCUGGCCAGUGCCUGCCGGGACAGGGACGGCAAGAUGAAGAAGCUGCUGGAGGAGACGGAGAAGCUGUCGGCAGAGGUGCUGGGGCUCCGUGGGCAGAGUGCUCGGCUCCAGCUCCAGCUGGAGGUCGAGCAGAAGAACCACCGGGACGUCAUCGCUAUCUAUAGGACCCACCUGCUCAACGCUGCCCAGGGCUUCAUGGACGAGGGCGUCCACGCGCUGCUGCUGCACAUCCUGCGGACCGAGGGCUGAGGGGCAGGAUCAGGGCCAGCCCCAUUGCCCCCCAUUGCCCCCCACUGCCCCCCCAUUGCCCCCCAUUGCCCCCCA